UGGUUUCCAUAGUUAAACUAUGAAGAAAUUAAAGCUUAAAGAACUGGAAAGCUGUCUUCAACAAGUGGAUACUUUUGAAAGUCCGAAAGUACUCCUUGAGCAGUAUCCAACACGACCUCAUAUCGCAGCAUGUAUGCUUUAUACAAUUCACAAUACUUUUGAUGAUAUUGAAAACAAAACAAUUGCAGAUUUAGGAUGUGGUUGUGGCAUGCUCAGCAUUGGAAGUGCAAUGUUAGGAGCAGGAUUGUGUGUGGGCUUUGACAUAGAUGCAGAUGCACUGGAAGUAUUUAAUAGCAAUAUUGACGACUUCGAGCUCAGGAAUGUCAACAUGGUUCAGUGUGAUGUCUGCUCUUUAUCUGACAGCAUGUCAGAGACUUUUGACACAGUUAUUAUGAACCCUCCGUUUGGUACCAAGCAUAAUAAAGGAAUGGAUAUGAUCUUUCUGAAAACUGCUUUACAAAUGGCAAAAACAGCUGUAUAUUCCCUUCACAAAACUUCAACACGGCAGCACAUUCAAAAGAAAGCAGAUGAGUGGGAAGUUAAGAUGGAAGUCAUAGCAGAACUUAGAUAUGACCUACCAGCAUCAUACAAGUUCCAUAAGAAGAAAUCACUUUCCUCUCAUUAUAGGUUGACAUUGAAGUUGAUUUCAUUAGGUUUUCUGCCAAGAAACUCCUGAACUGAGGCAUGUCUUUAAAACUUAUGGAAAAUGGAACAAUAAAAACAAUGAUUUUUA